UAUUCCAUUCUAUAAUCACAUUUCUCGAUCAACAUUCUACGGUGUCGGUUGUGCUUGCUUGCAAAUACGGUGUUAAUAAAGUAAUUAAUCAAGGUCAAAAUGGGUUUGACACAAUAUUUUAUUUUAAUUUUGUGCUUUGCGGGCGUCUUAUCCAAUGUUAUUAAUAUUUCCAAUAGUGGUGGGAAUGAGACUCAACCCUUCAUAGAGAUCGGUAGUAAAUAUUACUUAAUAAAUGCUACUGUUGAGAUGAAUUGGUUCGAAGCGAUGAUUUAUUGUCGCAACUUUGAUAGUUAUUUGGCUGUAAUCGAGUCGGAAGCCGAAAUGAAUGCACUGAGCUCCUAUUUAAUCACGAAUGAAGGUCACAUUGGUAAAAAUUUUUGGCUUGGGGCCAACGAUUUGGUCGAUGAGGGUAAAUUUAUGUCAGUUAAAGACGGACGCACAAUGCCCUACGCUAAAUGGUUAGGGGGUCAUCAACCAAGAGAUUACGAUAGAAAUGAGGAUUGUGUACAACUUUGGCUCUUUAAUAAUAUAUUCUAUAUGAAUGAUAAAAAUUGCUGGGCUAAGCUUUAUGCCAUCUGUGAGUUGCGGCAACCGAAGUAGAGUUGCGAAGUGUGUGAUUUGAAAAAUUUUAUGGA